AUAAAUAAAUCAGAAAAUACAUUCAGAAAUCAGAAUCAAAAACCACUACACAAUUUCAUAAUCCCUUACCGUGUUAAUCAUUUCGAGCUACUUUCUUCAGAUAAAAAAGCAAAAAAGUUAUAAAAAAUAAAAAUGGAAGGAGAUAUAAUAGCAGGAAUCAUUUCAAUGAUUCUUAUUGUUGCUUUGAUUCCGCUUUUCCUUUGGAGACGCCGUCAGGCUGCUCAUGAAGAUCAUGCAGAACAACCGCCACAGGUUGAACAAAGAGAAAAUGUUGUAAGGCCUACUGGUGCUCGUAGUAGGAUGCGUAGACGCAACACUUCGGCAGCUAGCACAUCUUCUGCUCCACAAACUGUUGAAGAAACAGAAGAUGGAAGUGAUGAGGAAGCUGUUGAAGGGGAGUACUAUAACGCAAAGACAUCAAAGAAGAAAGGAAGGAAGAAAGAGGAGCGCCAAGCACAACGUCAGGCUGAAGAGGCAGCGAGGGAGUCAAGAAAUACAAAACAAGAUCGUUAUGCAGAAAUGCGCAGGAGGAAGGAUGAGGAACAUGAAGCAAAAGAGCGUAUGCUGGAAGAAGAAGCUGCGGCUCGAAAGGCGAAGGAGGAGGAGGCUGCAGCAUUAGAGUUUGAUAAGUGGAAAGGAGAAUUUUCAGUAGAUGCUGAAGGUACUACAGAAAAUGAAGUUCAAGAUGGAACCCAGGGUUUGCUUUAUGAUUUUGUGGAGUACAUCAAGAAACAGAAAUGUGUUCCCUUGGAAGAUCUUGCUGCUGAAUUCAAACUGCGGACUCAGGACUGUAUCAAUCGAAUCACUGCACUAGAAGAUAUGGGGAGACUAUCUGGUGUCAUGGAUGAUAGAGGAAAAUAUAUAUACAUUUCACAUGAAGAAAUGCAGGCCGUUGCAGAUUAUAUCAAGCGUGAAGGGAGGGUCAGCAUUGCUCAUCUAGCCAGCCAGUCAAAUCAGUUCAUAGACUUGGAACCCAAAGCACAGUUUGUCGAUGAUUUAGUUGCUUCAGAUGAGAUCACCGUCGCUUGAUCCACUGUACGCAUUUUGGUUUACAUCCUAGUCUGUGUUAUGUAACUCUUUGGAUGUUGGACAUUAACUAAAAGGAUUUAGAACAAUUUACUUGUGCAUUCUUCA